CUGCAGCAGUAUAUAUAGUUAUAGUGAAAUAAGAUAUUAUCGAAACAGGAGGUGAAACCACCAAGGUUUGAGACCAACCUUCAGUGUUUACCAUGAGAAUAUAAGAUAGCACCUCCUUUUGUGGAUGGAUAACAGUAUCCGCAAGAAGUUCUCGUGUUUAUCAUAAGAGUGUUUUUUCAUUGUUCUUCUGAAAAUGAUGUCCAAGGCACCGAGGUGGCAUGAGACCCUGGUCAACCCCAAGACCAGCAAACCAACUGCACAGAAGUCAGGGGGGAAGGAUUUGGCAGCAUCAGCAGCACCUGGAUCCAGUGGAGGUAAACAGGCUGGCAGCACUACGUCCAAAACCAGCAUUGCUUUUGGAAGGAGCAGCAGCCUCAGCGGCAGGGGCAGUGACUCGAGUGGCAGUAAGGCUGGUGGCGCUUUGAAAAGAGGCAGCAUUGGCCAACAGGGUACCAGAUCUCGUUCAGCUGGACCGGCUGCCCGCCUCAGCAGCAGCCGGAGCUUUACGUCCCUCCAAGGCUCGUCUCUCGCUGCUGCUCCAUUCAUGAGGAGCAGCCGCUCUCUCAGCAGACUCGACAGAAGAUCCUCUGGAAAUGAUCCAGAUGCAAGUUCACAAGUAAAUAAAGGACUAAGAACAGAAAAGAAAGCCUUGAGUUCAGGCCAGCUGUCCACCUCUCAGGAACAAAACAGAGACAACAAAGACCGGUGUCGUGGUGAUAUUAAAGCUGAAAAAAUGAAAACAAGCAGCCCUUCCGAGCCACCCGAGUCUUCCUCCUCCAUGGUUGCCACCGCUGAAUGUCAUCAUCACUCCAGCAAAGUACAGAAACAGGAGUUGAAACGCUCAUCCCUCCCUCGUUACUGCGGACUCAAAUCCAUCGAGGGCAGAGAUGUUGAAGCCUCUGUGAUCCCUGACCUGCUCAACUUUAAGAAAGGAUGGAUGAUGCGUCAGGAUGCAUCUGGACAGUGGAAGCGACACUGGUUUGUCCUGACUGACCAAACCCUGAGGUUCUACAGAGAUUCAAUAGCUGAGGAGGCAGCUGAUGUGGACGGUGAGAUAAACUUGGCCACAUGUUUUAACAUCACAGACUACCCAGCUCAGAAGGACUGUGGUUUUCAAAUUCAUACCAGAGAUGGAGUGUACACACUCUGUGCUAUGACCUCUGGGAUGAGACGCAACUGGGUCCAAGCAGUGUUGAAGAAUGUGAGACCCAAUACUACACCUGACGUCACGAGCUCCCUCCCAGAGCAGACGACUCAACAGAACUCACGGCAACCAGACUUCCAGCUGGUGGGCGGUCUGGAGAAAGAUAAACACCCAGACAUCUUUUUGCAAGAGCACAAAUCCAGUGACUGUGCAGAGGGAACACAUCAACAGCAGAAUGAAGAGCAGCCAGAGAGAGAGCAGAGCUCUGCUGAUGGAAGCCCUGCAUUAUCUAAGAUGUCCUCCUCUCAUCUGUCCUCCCCCAUGUCCCCCUCCGCCCCCGCUGCUCUGCCUCCCAUCGAGGGUGGAGGUGGGACAGAUGCGUCGCCGUGCAACGACAGAGCUGUAAUUGAGAGCUUAGCUUCCGCAACAAUGCUGUCAAAGGAUGAGCGUUGUGAUGAACAGGCAAACAUGCAGAGUGAAAUUGAGAAGCAGCAAACUGGGCAACUUGUCAAAGAGCUAGAACAAACACAGAGGGAACUGUCUCGACUCCAGCAGGUAAACAGGAAUCUGCAGGAUGAGCUACAACAAGAGAAAGAGAGUCAUUCAUGGAAUGAUCUUCUUUCAAACUCGCCCUCGGAGCAAGCGUUGGCUUUACAGCGACUGCAGAAGAUGAACCACGACCUCCGCCGUGAACUGGAAGCUCAAAAAAGGAGUCAGGAGGAAGCCAGAGAAUCUGAACUUCGGCGACGAGUAGAUCUCUUAGCCCAGCAAGCACAGUUACUGGUCACAGGUGAUGCCACGGCCCUUGCACAAGCCCAUCUAGAGCAAGAUCGCAGGCGGUUUCAAGAGCUGCAGGCGGAGUGGGAGCGGCGUUUGGCCUCCCUGAAGUCCCAGCUGAGCAUCAGUGAGGAGCAGAGGAAGGAUGCUGAGCUGCGCUCGACACAGCUGCAGCAGGAGUUGCAGAAUCUCCACAGUCUCCAACAGGAGGCAGAUCGCCUGCAGAAAAAUCUCCAAGAGGUGACGACCCAACUUCGGGCUAAUGAGGAGACACAGGCCCAAAAGGAGGCCCGCCUGCAGAAGCACCUCAUGCUCCUUCAAGCAAGUCAGGAGAGAGAACGGAGGAGCUUGACCUCCAGCCUGGCGCAGGCGGAACGACUCUCACAGGAACUUCAGGAGAGAUUGGACAGGGCUGAGGAGCAGGUGGGCAGUCUGAAUAAGACUCAGGCCUGGACCAGGGAAAUUGAGAAGGCUCAACAACAGCUCCAAGAGGAGCUGGCAUGCACGGUAUCUGCUGUGGAGAAACUUCAGGAGGAAAGAGAGCAGCUGGAACGUCGCUGCCAGGAGCUGCAGAACCAGCUGUUUGAGGCAGAUGGGGAGGUGGGCAGGCUGCAGAGCCGUUUGAAAACAGAUGAGACACACUACUACAAUCUGGAGCACUCGUACGAGAGAGUGUGUGAGGAGCUGCAGCUGGCUCUAGGGAAGGUGCAGCAAAAGGAGUCUGAAACACAGGACAUGCGAGAAGGCUACGAGAGACAGCUGGACAGGAAGGAGCAGGAGCUGAGUGAGGUUUUGCUGAAGAUGGAAGUCUUAGGUAACAGCCUGGAGGAGACAGAAGUGAAGCUGAACGAAAUGCUUAAAGUUUGCACCUGUGCUUCUGCUCGCGAACCCUCACAGCGACACCAGGCGUCUGGUCUUCUCUCUUCAAACGAAAACAGCGGUGAACCUGCAAGAGCCCGUUCUCUCUCAACUAGCUCAUCAUAUAAGAGCUUCGUCGCUGCAGGAGAUGACCCGGAGAGGUUUAUGUCCGUGAUUCAGAUGCUGGAAACCAAACUUUACGCAACUGAGGAGAAGUUAAGAGACAUCAUGCAAAGGCUGGAUGAACGCCAGAGCCACCUCUCCUGCCAGGACCCCCACCUUUGCUCCCAGCUCACCCGGAGCCGAGCCACCGCUCAGCACCUCAGUCUGCUCCUUCAUAGUCAGGCCAAGCAGAGCCAGCGCUUUGCCCAGGAGACGGAGAACUGCUGCAGGAUGUUGGUUGGCAGGUUUCAGGUGGCACUGAACAUCAUACAAGCCUGCAGAGAGAGGCUUCAAACCGCCCCGAUUAACACUGCAGACUUUGAGAAGCAACUGGCCACUGUCGUCGCCUGCCUUCAGCAGGGGGAGAAAGACGCCGAGAAACAAAAGCAGGAAUCACGUAAUGCCAGCAACGGAGAGGACAAGAUCCUCAACGAUGUGACGUUAGAUGGAGCUGAGAGUGCUCAAAGUAAACUGCCAUCAGAGGAUCAUAUGGAAAGCGUUGGCAGGUGUUUAAUGAAGGAGCUAUUUGUACUGGAAAAAAUGGUGUCUGUGCUUCAGAGUCAACAAUGCAUCGGACUGCUGCCCUUAGCGCAAAAAGAGAAUGAGGGUGAUGUGGCACGCAGGUACAAGAACAUAGUCUCCCAGAGAAUAGCCCUAAAAACAGAAAAAAGCGGAGCAGACUGUGAAGGAGCCAUCAGCAGAGUCUGUGCUGAAGCGGAGCUCAUUUAUGCCGCCUUAAAAUGUCAGCAGCAAUACGAGGGCAUGACUCAAGUGAAUAAUCAAGAAGUGGAGCACCGGAGGAAGGGUCUGGCAGAUGUCAGUCCACCGGAGUUGGCUCCUUACGAGGAGCAAGUCCAGGCAGAGGGAGCUGCGAAACCAGCUGCAAAGGACGGCUCUGAUGUCAAAGAGGUAGACGCAGAGAAAGAACCACACUGGUCACAGAAACUUAUAUCACGGCUGCAGAAACGUGUUAAAUGCGUACGCCAGCUCUGCCAGGAAAUCACUAAUGCCAAUGGAGUAGACUGUAGUAUGGAUGAUAGCUGGGAAAACGCUUCUGCCGCUGAUGUAAAUUGGAUGCAGGAGCAGGCAAAGUUGAUUUAUUUGUUGGAAAGGCUGCACUUGGAUUUAGAGCAGGAGCUGCAGCAAAGUGAGGUGUUACGGGCCAAACUGCAAGCUCUGUACAAGGAGCGGGACACCACAUUCAAGGACGAGCAGGAGGCCUUUAAUCACACCUUGUAUCAGCUUCAGGAGGACAACAGUGUGUUAAGAGAAGAACUGGAGCAGGCUGAGCAAAAGAUGAUAUCCAUGGAGACGGGGAACCAGAGACUCCUGGAAGACAUAGGGAAAAUCGAGGAUCAUCGCGAGGAACGCAUGAAAAAACUGGAGACAGAGUAUCAAGAGAAGAUAAGAGAACUGCAGCAUAUCCACGAGGAGGAGAUGAAACACUUGCAUGGUUACUACACCAAAGAGAAACAACCCAAACCCUGCACAGAGGUACCCGGGUUCGGAAACCGAAUUGCGGGAGGUAAUGCAGCAGCCAUGAGAGAGGCUUACCAGAAAGAUCCAGAAAAAGUUGAGACACCCUGUGAUGAAGGUUUCUCUGCUAUGGAGGACAUGCACAGGAAGCUGAUCGGUGAUCUGCAGCAGCAGCAUGAUGAGGAGGUGGCAGCACUUCUGAAGGAGAAAGACCAGCUGCUGCAGGAGGAGACUGCUGCCACAAUGGCAGCCAUAGUAGCAAUGAGGAGAGCCCAUAAACAGGAGCUGGAGAGAAGUCGACAGUCUCAGCAGAUCAAGGAGAGCGCUGACAUCACACAGCUGUACGUCGAGCAUGAGAAGGAGAUCCAGUUAUUGCACAAGGAGCUCGAGGUGUUGUCAGUUCAGCACACUCAGAAAUGCCUGGAAAACUCUCAGCUGAACCAGGAGCUGCAGCGUGAGAGACAGUCCCUGAUGCAAUGCCAACAAGAAAAUGAGGAGCUCAAAAAGAAGCAGAGCGAGGCAGAUGAAAUGUCUCAACGUAAUUUCUCACGAAAGGGAAAACAGUCAUUUGAUGCCCCUCAAGCAGAUGACAUCUAUGAGAUGGAGGUGAUUCUGCGGGCGAGAGAGGCUGAAAUGCAGUUUCUCAGACAGGAAGCCCGUUCUCUCAGGGAAGAGUUGAAGAUUGCUAGAAUGGACAAACUAUAUGCCCAGAACAGGCUGGAGGCCCUCUUUACAAACAGCCAGGAUGAACCUCAUCAUGAUGCCAACAAACUCUGUGAGGAUUUCAAGUUCAACACUUGGUCUCCCAGCAGAGACACUUCAGGACAGAGCCUCGAUGACACUGUGACAAACACAAGUAACGCUGCUUUUUUGAAGAGAACAGAGAAAUCAUACCUCACCAGACAGAUCAGAGGAGUGAGAUCCAAGAGUUUAAAAGAAGGUCUUUCAGCCCAGGAGAGAAUGAAGCUGUUUGAGUCUUUCUGAUCCAAACAAGAUGAGAGUGUGGGAUCUGCAUUUCAGAGUAAAACUGAUGUUUGGUCAGUGGUGUUCAAAGACAGAGGAUGUUGUUUUGUCUCUUACAGUAUGUGUAGCUCUUUUUCUAAACUGUGUAAAAAGUUGAAUUUUUCUUGUUUGUUGUUUAUGUGCUUUUUGAUUAGGAAAAGAGUAGUCAAUAUUUUAGUGUUUUUGUGUAUGUGUGUGAGAGAGAGAGAGAAGCAUCUUAUUGCCACUAGAGGGAGCAACAAACACCGACUUUUCUAGAUAAAUAUUUCUAAAAGUUUACUAUAAAAUACAACACACAGUCAUCACACAGAAAUUAUAAUAUUAAUAUAUUUUGAUGCUCAGGAUAUUGCACAGUGUAAUGUAUAGACACAGUGCCUGUGUUUUCAUUGAAAUAUAACAAAGUGUGUUGCAUCCUUUGUCAACUGUCAUUAACAUAUUGCACCACUAGAUGUAGCCUAAUACAACAUUUACCAUGCCAGCAAAGGCACAGCGAUGAUGUCACUGGACCUGUAUCUGUUUUUACAUUUACAAAUCUGCAAACAUUUUAGGAAAUGUUAAUUUUUUUUUUUUUUUUUAUCAAUGUGUGAAAAUAGUAGUCAUGAUGUGUGAAGCUUUUGUAUUCUGGCAUCAUGUAAAGACUGGCAAUAAAGUAUUUGUAUCUUA